AUGCGACAGGGCGCAAGAGCCAUUUUUCAUAAAUUCUGUGAGUGUGACGUUGUUUACAGUAUUAGAAAUAUGUGUAAACCGUUUUUUGAUGAUCUUGUUAAAACAUUCGGGUAUUACAAUUUUUUGCCUGAUGCUCUAGAUGAUUUAAAAUAUAACGAUGAUAUUGUGGUCUUGCCUCCAGACGCACAUUAUUUUGACUAACGAGGAGGAAUUGUACGAAAACCAACUGAUGGCAAAUGGAUUGCCACAAGAUGUUUCCGGCUGUUUCGCCAAAGUUCAGCUAAUGACGAGUUCUACACCAGCGACGAAGAGCCUUGAGUGGAGUGCGGAAACAUAAAAAUAAAUGAAUCUGAACGCGAUGACUUGGACUGGGAGAAAUGCAAUCCUAAAUAUUCCAUUUGGUCUGAGAAGCCAUCGUUAUGUGAAAUGAAUGCCAAUAGAGAUAAACUAGCGGAAGAGAUAAAGGAUUUGAAUCCUAAACUAUUUGAACUUUUCUUUUAUGAUCCGGUUUUGCAACAUAUUAUGUAUUUCAAAAUAAUCGGCAUAAUUUCAUCACCAGCAAAGAAGAAAUGAAAACCUUCAUAAAUGCGGACAUUUUCCUGCGAAGCUAGAGAAGCAAUUACGAUGUGCAGUAUGCCGUUCAAGGGUUUGUCAACACUAUGUAUUGAACGUGCAUGCUUCAAGUUACAUUAU